AUGGUUAUAUCGAUUUUUAAUCGAGGAACCUCACUUCACGAACAGGAUGCAAAUUAUGAAUUGAAAUAAAGAAUUGAAAAGUCUCGUUUAUUUUCUUUCGUUUAACCAAGUAAAACUCUGUACACAAGAAAGCGCAAUUUGUUCACUUGAAGAGAGAUUACCUUCUCAUUGUGACAACGCGACGAAAUUCCCAGUUUCUUUUGCAAUUUUACCGCACAUCAAGCCGAUAAAUAUACAGAGUUAUAAAGAGAAAAGUGAGAGACAACUCGAUAAUGGACAAUUCGAUAGACUCGUUCGAAGGAAGAUAUUUGUUGUGCGUUAAUAGAAAGUAUGUAUCGGCGACAUUUCAUGGGCUCUGUCGAGGUCGGCUGUAGGCUGUGUGGAUUUUUUCAAACCCGCAAGUAGGUACGGGAAAGGUGUGCCGGCAGUCCGAUGGCGAAUUUCUGCUCAGUCGGCGUUGCCUCGGUCAGUAGUCAACACGUUCUCCUUCACAGGACCCCGUUGUCCCUCCGUUUCGACCCAAGUUUCCAUCGACCGAUCGAUUCGAGUGUUGGUACAAUUCGUUCUGAUCAAAAGUAAGUGCGCGCGUGUGGUUCGUGUGUGUAUACAUGUGCCAUCAUCCGCGUGAGCGAUAAGCGGGAGAGAAGAGGACUCGGGCCAACAGAAGCCGGAACCAAAAAAUGGAUGCGACGUCACUGCGACUCAUUUCCGGACUGCUUUUGUUCGCCUACACCGCCUCACACUUCAGUCACGCCAACAAUGGUCCCAAUUAUUACGGAAAAUUUAUCGGAAAACUGAAAAACUACGCGCAUGGAAUCAAGGGGGACGUAUACGCAGUGGACGACACGACGAUAUUCAUAAAAGGAUUCUGCUACGAUGGGACCGGACCGGACGCGUAUUUCUGGGUGGGGAACACUUCAGCGCCCACGCCACAGGGAUACAUCGUCCCGUAUCCGGAAAUGGAAAAGAUCAGGGACCCGGUGGUGCUCCAAUCGUACAACUACACAGACAUCAUUCUGAAGCUGCCUGAUGGGAAACGGAUACGGGACAUCAAAUGGCUGAGCGUUUGGUGUCGUCGAUUUACAGUGAACUUUGGCGACGUUUACAUCCCGGCAAAUUUAAAAGUGCCGAAGGCAAGAGUGCUGCCAGAAUUCUCGAGGCUGGCCCACGGUCUCCGUAGCGGGAACAUCACCAUUCUGGAUAGCAAAACUUUUUACAUACCGAAUCUUCAUUACGAUGGUGCCGGCCCGGACGCGUAUUUCUGGGUUGGGAACGGGUCAGAGCCUACCACGUUUGGUAUCAAAGUGCCAAACGAGAGGAAAAGUUUGGCACCAUUGAAGGGAUAUCAAGGUGAAGACAUCGAAAUCGUUUUGCCGGGGAACUUGACGGUGCACGACAUUGACUGGUUGUCGGUAUGGUGCGUGCAAUACAAGCACAACUUCGGGCAUGUACUGAUACCCAAGGACCUCGAUGUUCCGCCUGCUCUUGGACAGACCAAAAUUACGCCGCCUUGGUGGUACGAUCCUACAAGCAGUACACCAUCACCGCCCCUGUCCAAACACGAGUUGACCAAUUGCAAGGAAAUGCUGGAGGGUCGUGUACAAGUCCAAUGGGAGAUGAUAGGAGACGACAUUCAGAUCAGAGUGUCUGGCCGGAUCAGGGAGGACCAGUACGUUGCGUUCGGUUUAUCCGGCCGAGAGGGAAAGUCGGAGAUGAUCGGUGGCGAUGUGGUGGUGGUCGCUUACAACAACAGGACCGAUAAAUUCAUCGCCGAGGACUAUUAUAUGUCGGAUUACGCGCAGUGUGACGGGAAUAAGGGUGUGUGCCCGGACGAAAGGAUCGGAGGGAAGAACGACGCCGUUCUCGUGCAUGGAGAACGAAAGAACGGAGUGACGACAGUUACUUAUAUGAGACCAAUGAGCACGAACGAGCCAGUGAAGGACAAAAUGAUCCCAAAUACAGAAACGAGCGUGAUCGCUGCAAUAGGACCUCUGAAUUUGAGAGGAGAAGCCAAUGCUCAUCAAAGCUUCGACAAGACGACCGAGGACAUCCGUAUUGAUUUUACGUCGAGAAAUGUGCACGAGUGUACAAAUUCCCUCUACAAUCUCCCGGACAUGUCUGACAUCAAACCCUGGCCCGUAGCCGUAAUCACUAACGAAACUAUGUUCAGUGCUAGGAUCGGCCCUGCUGGUGGGAAAAGGGGAUACACGAGAAUUACAGGACAACCUGCUUGGGGAAUCGCGUGGUACAUCAACGAUUUGCUCAUCCCAGAAAUCACGGUGGAGAGAGGACAAACGUACACGUUCAUAGUGGAGGGUGGAAACGAUCCAGCUAACCCAGCCAGGUACCAUCCAUUUUACAUCACCAACAGUCCAGAGGGUGGAUUUGGUCAAAAAACUGAGGAUGAACAAAAGGCGCAAAAAGUGUUCGCAGGAGUAAAGUACGAGGAUGGAUAUCCUUAUCCAACUGCGGCUGGCCGCUAUUGCGAAUGGGUUCACAAGACGGUAGAUAUGAGUGCGGAUAUGGAGACUUUUGAAAAUUUCUUUGAAACUCUUAGACUCGAGUGUGACAAGGGUGAACCGGCGAAACUUGUUUGGACCGUGACCGAAGAUACUCCAGAUUUAGUUUAUUAUCAGUGUUACACGCACAAUAACUUGGGCUGGAAAAUACACGUUGUCAACAGCGCACACACGGCCGUAUUGUCGAUGGUCACGACGACAUUUGUCGUUAGUAUGUUAAAAUUCAUAAGAUGAAUUAACCUUCAAAUAUCGUCUAGCGGGAAAUACGCGGGAACAUGGCGAGGUUUAAAUUGAAAGAAAAGAUAGAAAAAGAUAGAAGAGGGAAAUCGAAUAAGAAUAAAAUUCGCGUAAAAUAAGAUGGUGAUAAAACAAAAACAAAAAAAAAAAACAAAAAGCGAUUGUUAAAAAUCUGCUGAACACGAUACAAGGUUGUAAGAAAGUAUUUAGCUCGUAAGGUUUAAUCGUACGUAAAAGAUUAGCAGAAUAUUUUUAAGAUCUAUCAGAUUCAAUAUUUCAUACUAUACUAUAUAUAUAUAUAUAUAUAUAUAUGUAUAUUUAUAUAUAUACAGAUACAUAUAAAUAUAUACAUAUAUAUAUAUAUAUUAUAUACAUAAAUAUAUACAUAAAUACAUAUUAACACGGCACUUGAGGAGAACGAGAUUCGAGGUGAUUUUUAACGUUUAAGAAUUUAAGAGACUACUUAGGAAAAAGGAGAGGAAGAAUAAUUUCUGACAAUAAUAAUAAUAAAAUUCGGGAUCGGGGUAUAUAUAAACGUAAAUAAUUUCUGACAAUAACGUGAACUUGUGUUAUUUAUCAUAUGGGACGGGAGGGAUAUAAUUUAUCAAAGAGAAUUUCUCGAUCGAUAUGAUCGAUGUAUAUCGGUGAUAAACGAAAGAACGGGGAAAGUAUCCGUGGUACAUGUACAAUGUAAAUUUUGCACAAAGCUAUAGUUGAGUAUAAUGUAACAUUAAAGAUCGAGUAGCACUUAAGAUAUACAUUUAUAAAUGCUGUCGACUUGACAAUAAUACGUAGGGUAGUGAACGAUGAAGGAAUCGCUGAAGAAUAAAAAAAAUAAAUAAAUAAAUAAAACGAGAAAAUAUGUACAAGGUAUCGUCAGACAUAUUAUAUAACUUAAGGGUGAUACAAUUACAAAACUAUCCCUUAUACGUGUAACAAUGCUAUAAUAUGUACAUAUACUAUAGAGUGGACCUUCCUAAAACGGAAUGAAAGUAUAAAAUGUGCCUUGGGUACAGAUAAUAAACUUCUCUAAUUACACGAAUUAGGAACCACUCGGACAAAUGAUACCCUGUAAUACUUAGGAACUGGUUUCUUGCGCUUUAAAUCGUAUCGUAAGUCGUGAGUACGCGAAAGAAAGUAAAAAUAUCCCAUUUUAUAAAAGUAAAUCAAGUAAGACGAUUAAUGUAACUUGAAGAAGAUUUAAAGAAAAAACACACGUAUUCAAAGAGACGUACAAAUCAACAACCGAGCGCGAUACGCGCAAGAAAUAAGAAAUCGUGCAACCAAGAAAUCAGAAAAAUACAUAAUCACUUUAGAAACGUAGAGAUUAACGAAGUAGUAAAAAAAAAAAAAGGAUAUAUCUCUUCCACUUUUUAAAUAUGAAUGUAAAAAUUAUGCAAUACUCAGAUUCUAAGUAACAGGGUGUCCUCAAAAUUGCUAGCAGCGAACAAAAUUCUUUGCAAUUUCGAUUGCUUAUCGCACGAAGACCAGCCUGUAUUUAAUUGCAUACAUACUUAACAUAAACAUUAUAUAUAUACAAACAUAUAUAUAUAUAUAUAUAUACAUAUAUUAAACAUACAUUACAUGAAGUACUACAUAACAUAUGAAACAAAAUUCGAAAAUUUACAUCGUUUUAGCUGCCAACGUUGUUCAAUUUGUAUUCGUAAUUUGUAAGCGAUAACCACUUGAUAGUUGGAUAAAGAUCUAGCAUUAUUUAUACCGUUUCCCUCUCCUUUCGAGUUACGACGAUCGAAAGAUCGAUCCCUCUUCAAAUAUUAUUCGUGAAAAGAAGCGACGAAUACAUUGGACAUCGUUGCCCCAGCUUUUACGUGAGAUGCGUGAGACGAAUAAAAGAGAGAGAAAAAAAAACAGUGUUAAGUAAGGAUACGUAUUACACGCGUUUGUAAAAUUAAUCAAGCGACAAUAAGACGAAAUCGAUCCGACACGUUUGGAUCCAAAUAAUUCCGGCAAUACUCGACGACGAUCCUUCAGAGGAUUCCACAUAAUUUUCUUCGCGUCUGCAUGCCUUAGAAUAACGCAUCCUUCGUCGCCAUUUUUUUUUUUUGUUAUUUUUCUCUCCUCUAUCUCGCUUCUCUAUUCCUUAUUAUCCCCGUUAACUGUGUUGUUAUUCUUUUCUUCUCUAAGCGAGUCCUUCGAGAGAGCGAGGCGGAUUGUAACAAUGUAAGUGGAUAUAAAACUCCUACUUCUGUGGAAGACAAUAAUAUGAUGAUACCGAGUCAAAAAUUCGAGAGGGCUGCUCCGAGCGGUUUUCACGCGAGUCGGGGAGGAAAGUAGCAUUUCGAAAAAAAAGAAUCGAAACUUGCUGUCCCGCGUUUUAGUUUCGAGACAAUAAAGGUAUACCUUCACAAGGGUCGAUUAUCUAUUUGACAAUAAAAAAGUUACUCCGACAAUAAAAUACGAUUGAUCGCGAUUAAAGAGUUCUAUAUUUUAUGACGGAGAUGAUGAAACGUAUCCAAACGAUAAUUUAAACCAAGGGACACCACGAAAUCUCGAAACUUUUUCUUAUUUUAUAAAGUACUAUAAAGAUUCAAUUAAAUAAUAAUUGUUAUAAAUCAUUGAUAUAAAUCAUUGAAAGCGUUUAUAUUUUAAGUCGAACAAAUGACCGAUUGUUUAUUGUGGAACUGAAUUUGAAGAAUUUCGAGAAUCGAGAUUUAUUAAAAAUUUAAUUCUUCACGAAAGAUUCUUCUUAACACGAAGAAAAAAAAAGAAGAAUAAACGUACUUUGGAUUUCGAUAUCUUCAAAAAAUUUCGAGAUCUUAAUAAAGUCUCUAGUUUAAACCUUUGACAAUAUUUAUGGAUACGCUUCACCAAUCUUAAUUUUAAAACGAUUUGGACAAUAAAAGCACGUUGAUCGUUUUAAAUAUUACGAUGUUAGUCGAUUAGAUCGAGCGAUAACGCGGCUAUUUGAUAAUGGUUGCAAUAAGGAAACGCAGGACAGCAGGUGUUAUUUGUUAGGAGACAAACAUGUAUCUGUACGGAUCAAUUAUUCGAGGUGUAAGUGUACAAAGAAAAAAUUAAAUGGCGUACAGUUCCGCCUACAUUAAGCUAUUAGUUAUAUAUAAAUAUAUACAUACAUAUAUAUAUAUAUAUAAAUGAGUGUACAGAACGAAACGAAAGUUUUAGAUAGGAAUGUAAAGAUCUUCUCUUUUUAAUAAUCUCUUGUCUCUCCUCUCCUCUCUUUUUCCCUUUGUCCGUCUCUUUCGUAUACAUGUACACUUUUACGUAUGUAUCUCUUUCUCUCUCUUUAUCUCUCGUUUUCACUUCCUUGUAGAAUAUUCACGGAGCAGCCCGGCGAUAUCCCUCAAGUUGUUAGCGAUUAAGGAGCAAACGAUAGUUUAGAGGUUAAGUAAAAAACUUUUUUUUUUGCUGUAUCGACGUGUAAUUUAAAAAUAACGACAACCCAAAAAAAAAAAAAAAAGGGAGAUAAAUAUUGUACGAAGAAAUUAGAUCGUAUUAUCGAUCGGCCAUCGAUCAGAUCAAAACGAUGGCCAAAUUUCGAUGUAUAACAUCCCGAAAACCCGUGAAUUUUAAAUCGUUUAGCGAUUACCUUGUAACUUAAACACUUUCAAAUUUUUGUGUCUCUCGUAUCGUAGUCAAAAUAGGAUUUUAAACUCGUGUAACUUUUCUUCCAUACGCGUCGAUCCUCUCUUGGAAGUCGAUGGAUCCAAGGAUCGAUUAAUUCGAAGAAAUUUAAGCGAAGGGGAAAGAGAGAUCGAUAGAAUGUGAUUCUAUCUUAUUAGCGCUCAAUUUGAACGAAUUGUCUAAGUAUUCGUAAGAACGUUCCUCCCUGUGUGAUCCUUCCCUUGCUGAUAAUUUCCACAAACUUCUACAUUUGUUAUGUACUGUUUUUUCUUGUACGAUACUUGUUCACAUAUCCCUACGAACAUAUCCCUAAUGUAAGAUUCGGAAGGUUUUUGAAAAAAAAAAAAAAAAAAAGAAACGUGUUUCGAUUAAUGAUUUAUUCGAAUUUUCUCUUAAAUUUAAAUAUAACAAAAAUUAGAUAGAAAUUAACUUAAUUAACUUUAAAUUAAUAAUAUCCUCGAGAUCGGCGUUUAUGUCUCUGAUUUAUGUCCAAAAUGCCGUGUUCUAGGAAUAUCUCGAUAGGUUAAAAGGUUAAAAGGGAAAACGAUAAAAGAAAAAUAAGGAAAUUGAUUGAUAUAAGCGGCGAUAAAUCAUAGAGAUAAAUAAGGAACAACAUUCGAACUACCGAUUUUAAUGAUGUCGAUUAAUCAAACGGAUGUAUAACACUGUCAAUAUGUAUGUAACGACGAUGAUCUUUUUUGUUUCAAUGAUAUAUCUAGAGAUAACUCGAAGAUUUUUAAAAACUGGAUAUCUUUCUGAAUCUUAUCCUUGUCGUAGAAUAUAUUUUCACACUUAAGAACAACGUAGAGAGCGAGAGAAAAAAAGGGAGAAACGGUAUAACAGUGCUUCGGCUCUUUGCACUCUUUGAGUAUUCUAAUAUUCUUCCUCUAAUUGUCGAAGUUGCACGUACACGUGAUAUAUCUACUUACGUGUAAAGAAGAAACAAACGCAAGAAAACACUUGUAUGAAUAUCGAAUUUAAGAAGACAAAACUUUGAAAAGGAUUUUAUUCGCGAGUGCAAUAUAAAGAACGUACAAAGUGUUAUGAUAAGAAUUGAUUUAUUAUGAUAGACCGUCCUGAGUUGUGUUUAACAAAUUUUAAGGAUCUAUUUUUGAACGACGAGAGUAUCGUUGGGCGAGUGUUGUAAUAUUUUAUCGUUAAGAGAGAAUGUCUCCAAGAAUCGUAUUUGGAUUUGAUCGAAAGUAGUAGAGUAACCUGUUAAUGAUCGGGCACGAGUGCGAAGAGUUGAAGGGAAGAAAUUCAUAAAAUCCAUAUCCAAAUAUCCGUAGAUAAGUCGUUUUCAAACAUGCUGAUACGCACCCAUUAGUAAUUAGAAUGUCUUGUAGAAGAUAACUUAGUGAAACUUUAAACGAAGAAACGAAAAAAAAAAAAAGAA